AUAUCUAGCUCAACAUGGAUGACUUUUAUUUCAGCCAAAAUCUCUCGAAGUUUCUUUUCUCUAUAUCUCCUCUCCUUUCACAAAUUUCACCCUAGAUAUUUUCUCUCUCUCCAAACGCCCCCAAAAAAAUCAACAGCAUAAGAAAGACUAGUGUUUUAGACUCUUUUUUUAAAUGUACAUUUGAUUUUCGUUUACCCGUUGGUUUUUGUUUAAAAGGUCGAAGAAAGCUAUGAGAUUUUUGUAGCUUUUUGUUCUUGAAGAGUGGCGGCAGGGAGAGAGGGAGGAUUUUGGACGGCUUAGAUGGAUCGAGAAGGAGGAUCCCACGGCGGAUCUUGUUAUUACUCCGUUCUUGGAAUUCGUAAGGAUGCCUCUUUCUCUGAUAUCCGCACUGCUUAUCGAAAGCUCGCUAUGAAAUGGCAUCCAGACAGAUACGCCAGAAACCCAGGGAUCGCCGGAGAAGCCAAACGUCGGUUUCAGCAAAUCCAGGAAGCUUAUUCCGUCCUCUCCGACGAGAGCAAGCGAUCAAUGUAUGACGCCGGCUUUUACGAUCCCUUGGAAGAAGAAGACCAAGACUUCUGUGAUUUUAUGCAAGAGAUGAUGUCCAUGAUGAAUAAUGUGAAAGACGAGGGUGAUAGUUUUGAGGAUUUGCAAAGGAUGUUUGCAGAUAUGGUUGAUGGCAUCAGCUUCGACAUAAACACCGAUCCAACGGUGACGAAGACAGCACGCGUCACUCCAUCAAAGGGCAGUGCGGCUAAAAGGAACAGCUCUCGGUGUUGAUGAUGCGUGGUAGCUUUACCAUCUAAACUCAAUUUGUGUUUGAUUAAUCCCAUGAUUAGUAACUACAAUUAGGGCUAAUUUCUUUCAUAAUUAUGGGAGAAAAACCAAGUGUUGCUUAGUUUUAGGAACCAAUUUGGGAAUCAUGUGGAAUCUCUUGAGCUUUUAAUAGUUAAAUAAUAAAUUUAUGUUUUUUUAAAAAAA